CACUGACAGAGGAAUACCUGCACUGCACACUAGUUCCUCACGCACGCACGCACGCAUACUCAAAGCCAAAGCCCACUCCCUCGUACAUCACCCUCUCUCUCUCUUUCUCUCUCUAGCUAUAUAGAUCAUGAUAGGGACCCUGUCAGGGGGUAGAGAGAGAUUCAUCAGAAGAGGACAGUGCAGAGAAAAUUCACAGACAAAUUUUCAGCUAUAUCAUACCUUAUUAUUAUUAUUUCACCUUUUCCUCUCUGCCACUCGAUUCAUCAAAUCCCCAUGAAAACCUUAUAAACUAGCUAGCUAGCUUUCUUUCAAUCUAAUAACCAACCACACUCAGCAAGCAAAGUAAAAGGAAAAAAGUGAAAUCAAGUCAUAAAACUCUUUCACUAUUUUGCCUCAGGACAAUGGUUGCCCCUUUCCUAUAUAAUGAAAGCCUUUAAUUCUUAAAUUCUCUCAUUCAUAGUUUAUUUCAACCUCUCUUGCUUCCUUUCUCUUCUCCUUUGAAAAAAGUAAUUCACCCUUUUUCUGAUGGACAGCUACUACCCUCUCCACCACCACUUGGACAUGAACAGAGACUCACAUUUGCCUCCUGGCUUUAGAUUCCACCCAACUGAUGAAGAACUCAUCACUUACUACCUUCUCAAGAAGGUUCUUGACAGCACCUUCACUGGCAGAGCCAUAGCUGAAGUUGAUCUUAACAAGUGUGAGCCAUGGGAGCUUCCUGAGAAAGCUAAGAUGGGUGAGAAGGAGUGGUACUUUUUCAGCUUAAGAGACAGGAAGUACCCAACUGGGCUAAGAACCAAUAGGGCAACAGAAGCUGGUUACUGGAAAGCCACUGGGAAAGACAGAGAGAUUUACAGUUCCAAAACUUGCUCCCUUGUUGGCAUGAAGAAAACCCUUGUUUUCUACAGAGGAAGAGCUCCAAAAGGAGAGAAGAGCAACUGGGUCAUGCAUGAGUAUCGUCUUGAAGGCAAAUUUGCCUACCACUACCUCUCUAGGAAUUCUAAGGAUGAAUGGGUCAUUUCUCGUGUGUUUCAAAAGAACAGCAUCGGUGGCGGCAACGGAAGCAUCACCACCGUGUCUUCCACCACCUCCAACGGUUCCAAGAAGACAAGAAUGAACAUGAACAUGAGCAACACCUCUGCAAGCAACAGCAUGAGUCUCUGCCCUGAACCAAGUUCUCCCUCUUCGGUUUAUCUUCCACCGCUUCUAGACUCUUCACCUUACCACCCCAACAACACCACCGUGACCUUUGAUAACAACACCACCCAAAGGGAGCACGUGUCCUGUUUCUCCACAAUUUCUGCGGCCACUGCCGCUGUUGUCUCCAACAACAACAACACCUUCAACAGCAAUGCUAGCUUUGACCUUGUUCCUCCUCAACCACUGAUUAAUUCAGACCCUUUUGCUCGGUUUCAGAGAAACAGCCAGCUGCCUUUCUUCUUCUCACAGGCGGCGCAGCCAUUUCACGGUGACUUUCUUGGUUGGCCGGUGACGGAGGAGCAGAAAGUGCAGGCUGAGAGUGGUUCUACUUCUACUGGCAUGGCAUUAGGAUCCACCGAGCUUGAUUGCAUGUGGGGCUAUUAAUUAAUUGAUGGUGUUUUCAUGUUGACCAUUGUCUUAGCUAGCGUUGACUAUUUAGGAUUAGACUUUGAUUGUGUUUGUUUACGUUAUUGGACUUGAACUUUCCUUAGAUUUUGUAGGUUGCACUACUACUUGUUACUAGGGCUACUUGUUUGCUAGGGUAGUUUGGGAAUUGUGUGUUGUGUUUGAGUUAUGAACUACUCCUAUGAAGUAGUACUAUUUAUGUUAUGU